CAGUUAAGUCAGUCGAUGCAUCAUCCUCUAUAAAUUCUCAUCAGAAUUUCUGUAGAAAGAAACACCAAGAGGUAGAUCAAUGGCAACUUUCACGCUUCCUGAUCCUGUUCCUUCUCCAUAUGAAGACGCCGAGCACAUCUGGAAGGCUUGCCAUGGAUGGGGAACUGAUGAGAAAGCAAUAAUCGACGUAUUAGCACAUAGAAAUGCAGCUCAAAGGAACCAAAUAAGAUUGGCUUUCGAGGAGCAGCACAACGAGAAUCUCAUCAAACGACUUGAAUCAGAAUUAACAGGGGACUUCGAAAGAGCUGUAUAUCGAUGGAUCUUCGAGCCGAUCGAACGGGAGGCUAUGAUGGCAAAGAUUGCGCUGAAGAAGAAACUCGACUAUCAAGUGAUCAUCGAAAUCGCAUGUGUGAAUUCCCCCAAGGAACUCUUGGCAGUCAAGGACGCCUACCAGGCUCGUUACAAACAUUGCUUGGAAGAAGAUGUGGCAGCUCAUGCUGCUGGGGAUUUUCGUCAACUCUUGGUUGCACUAGUGAGCACAUACAGAUACGAUGGAGAGGAGAUCGACAUGGGCUUAGCGCAUUCGGAAGCUAAAACAAUCCAAGGGGCCAUCGAGGAGGGCGUCGGCAGCUUCGACCACAGUGAAAUCAUCAGAAUUUUGAGUACUCGAAGCAAGGCACAACUUCGUGCUACGUUUAACCAUUACAAAGAUGAAUAUGGUGUUUCUAUUACAAAGGCUUUCGCUGCUGAUCCUACAAAUGAGUUUGCACACGCACUGCGAACGGCGAUACGAUGUAUCGUCUCGCCGUAUAAGUACUUUGUAAAGGUUCUUCGAGGAGCAGUCUCCGGCAAAAAUACUGAUGAGGAUGCGCUCACUCGGAUAGUUGUGAUGCAUGCAGAGAAGGAUUUGAAGCUGAUCAAAGAGAAGUUCUAUGAGAGGACCAAUGUCACACUGGAAGAUGCAGUUGGCAACGAGACUUCAGGGGACUACAGGGCCUUUCUGCUUGCCUUAAUAGGGAAUUAAAUAUGAAUGUCUAGUUAAUUACUUCAUCAGAACUCUUGCUAUUAAAUAUUAAUAGUGUCGGAAAAAGUGAAGAAGAAUUGAGAGUCGAGAUGGGUGAUCGUGUUAGUUGGGUUAUGGUACAAUGAGUACGUGACAAGUUCUUCCUAUCUUAAUUAGUAUUACUAGUUUCUUUGUUUUUUAAUC